CUGCACCCGUCUCCCUUGUCCUCCACCGCGGACGGCUGGGACGCACGUCACCUCGUCCUCUCGCUGUGUAUCGAGGCCCAUUACGCGAUACUAUAUUUCAUACGAUGCGAUUCCGUUUCUACAUAUAAUAAGUGGAUUCUAACUCGACUUAAUUACUUUGUGUUUAUCGUUGUAAAUAUUAGUUUUUGGUGAAAACAAACAUCGCAAAGUGAAAUUAGCGCAGGCGCGAAGACAUGAAUAAAGCGGCCAUCUUGCUCGAGGACGCACUUUCGCCUCGCCCUAGAAGAUUUUAAACAGCCAAAACAUAACAGCGAAGGGAUGGCAUGCGGCCCAGAGUGGAGAAUGUGGACCCUCUGAGAGCGCAGCGCGUCGCGCUAUCGAUCGGACGGAGCGCGAUGGCGCUCGCGAAGUGAAUGCGGAUUUCGGGAUCGCGUUCAUCUCGCGUAGGAACAGAGUAUCGGUCUCGUGAGAGUGUCCAAGAGUGCGGGCGGUAUGUGAGGCGGCCCGGGGCGAUAGGGCGGCGGGCCCGGGCGGCCGCGCGCCAUGGGCGACGAGUACGCGCGUUCCCCGUGCGAACGGUUCCCGGCGGGCGGCGCGUUCAGCGUGGCUCCACCGGAGAGGCUCAGCCCGCCGCCGCCCGCGCCGUUGCCGGACCGGUUUUCGGCGUCGCCGCGGCGGGUGCGCCGGAGUGCGGAAGCGGAGCGGGCACGGAGGCCCCGGUAUGUGCCUCCGGCGGCCCACGUGCCCGUCGAGCGCUACGUGCCCCGGCCGCCAGCCCCAGUGCGGGCACCGCCGCCGGUGUAUUGUGGGUUAGCGUGUCGGGCACCGCCGCCUGCCAGCCGCAAGUGCUGUGGGCCGGCGUGUCGCGAAGAUUUGGGAAACUCGCCGCCGCCGCGAUAUGUGGAGUACGUAGGAGCAGCGGCGGCGCGGCGGUUGGCCUGUACGCCGCCGCCGCCACCACCGCCCGCGCUACAGCUCUGUGAUACACAGGAGCCUCCUUGUUGUGCACAAGCGAGGAGAAGAAAUCAAGCACACGACUGGCGGUCGAGUGCAAGCCUACUCGCCCCUCAGUUGGCGUGCCAAAACUCCCCUGGACCGGCAGCGUCAGCGCCGCCUCUCCCUGCCCCCGCAUCACCCCCUCGAAUAGUUUCAGUGCCCCCCGUACCCCAACUGCCAUCCGAACAAAAUCCCCAACCGACGCAAGAAGACGGCGUAAGAUUACGGCGGGCUCAUACAGUCGCCGUCAGAGAUUACCUAAAAAGAGAAACGCAGACGUUUUUCGGAGUACAAAAGGAUAAUGAAAGGGAACAAAGAAGACUGUGGCAUGAGAGGCGGAGGCGGCAUGCGGCACGGACCUUGGGCGAUCUUCGAAUUGACCUACCACCGGAUUAUCAUCCCGAUGAUGAUGAUAUUAGUAUGUACGGAGCAUCAGGCGCAGCACCGAGAGAGGCCCGGGGGCGAAGUCGAGAGCGGCCCGACGUGCUGCCAGCGCCGGCGCCGCUCGAGCCAGCCGCCCCACCGCCCGCCCCACCAGGGAAAGACAGCGUGGCGCGGCUUACGCUCACCGGACUCUCUUACGUUGUCACUGCGGUGACGAGACGAUCACGUCAGUCGACGUCAGCGCAGUGGUCGCGAUCAUUUCGGGGCAGUGCGAGCAGUCCUCACGAGGAAGUCGAUUUUGACGACGUUUUCUUCGCCCCCACCUCAUCAGCACUUAGUCAGCACCAUGAUGAUGUUGAUGCAUCUGAAGGACCGAAAAGUGCGCGGUCACCUCUUGGAUCUUCUGGCGUGGAGUACAGAAGGCCCGAGAGGAGUGUGUCGUGGGGGGCGGGGGGUGUUCGCAUCCACACUCCCAUGUUGGAACCACUUGCAGAUAACUCGAAUAGGAGGCAGUUCGGAAUGGGUGUCGUUGGAAGAUUUUUCCGACGAUCCCUUCGCAAAUCAGUGACACAACAAGGGGAAAUCGCGCAACAGUUAGACGAGCUGACGGACUACCGGCCUUACUUCACGUGGUGGGUCAGCACAGUUCAGACCCUGGUGCUUCUUUUGGCCUUGCUUUGUUAUGGCUUCGGACCAGUUGGCUUUGGUCGACACACGCACACGGGACAAGUUAUGUUGAAGAGUCUUAGCUUACAACAGGUUGAAUGGGAAGAACCAGCUUCAUUUUGGUUGGGACCACGGGCGGCGGAUCUCAUACAUUUAGGAGCUAAGUUUGCACCAUGCAUGCGAAGGGACGCUAGAAUAGCUAGAGCGAUAGCUGCAUCUGCGAGGAGAGAGAGAGAUACAGCCUGCUGUAUACGGAAUGACGAUUCGGGAUGUGUACAGUCUUCUAAAGCGGAUUGUUCGAUAAGAGGAUUAAUACCAAAGAACACAAUAUCAACGUGGAAAAAAUGGUCUUCUGGCGAUUCGGGACCUGGGGGUCGGAUAUCAGGCUCAGUUUGUGGAUUAGAUCCAAAAUUCUGUGAAGCACCACGUUCAAUAGCACCUCACGAAUGGCCAGAUGACAUAACAAAAUGGCCGAUCUGCCGCAAGUCAGUAUUAGAUGGGUCCGCAGCGGCUGGCAGAGCAGGGCAUGCAGCUGAGCAUAUGGCAUGCGAGGUUAUAGCGCAUCCAUGCUGCAUAGGCGUUCAUGGCCAGUGUGUUAUCACCACCAGCGAACAUUGCUCGUUCGUCAAAGGGUACUUCCAUGAGGAGGCAUCGUUGUGUUCACAGGUAUCUUGUCUGGAUGAUGUCUGCGGAAUGUUACCGUUUAUGCGGAGACGGCGUCCCGACCAGUUGUACCGGGCAUGGACAUCUCUGUUCGUACACGCUGGCCUCUUGCAUUUAGCAGCAUCUCUUGCUCUGCAGUGGCUCUUCAUGAGGGACCUGGAGAAAAUGGCGGGUCCAGUUAGAAUAGCUGUUGUGUAUUUGGGAAGUGGAGUCGCGGGUAACAUGGCGUCGGCGAUCUUCGAACCGUAUAGAGCCGAGGUGGGUCCAGCGGGGGCGCACUUCGGCCUUUUAGCGUGUUUAAUAGUGGAAGUGAUAGGUGCGUGGCCUAUACUAAGGCAUCCGAAGCGCGCGCUAAUGAAACUUAUCGGACUGGCGUUAGCCUUAUUUUUCGUGGGACUCCUGCCGUGGAUUGACAAUUUCGCCCACGUGUUCGGUUUUGUGUUUGGGUUUCUUCUGUCAUACGCUCUGUUGCCGUUCGUGACAUUUGGGCCAUACGAGCGGCGGAGGAAGAUCGUUCUGGUGUGGGUGUGUUUGGUAUCCGCCGGAGGGAUGCUGUGUGCGCUGAUAGCGUUGUUCUACGCAGCACCAGCGUACGAGUGUGCGGCGUGCGCGUACUUCACGUGCCUGCCGUUCGCGCCUGACAUGUGUGCGUCGCAAGACGUGCGCGUGCGGCAGAUGGACGGCGUAUGACGGCGCGCGGCCCGGGCGCCCCCGC